AAACAAGUUAGACAAGACUGAUUACUGACAUUUACUGUACAUCCAUCAAGAUAAAACCAAAACAUGAAGUGGAAUCUGCUUAUUGCCUGCUUGGUGCUCUUUUUAAAAUCCUGCUUUGGACAAAGUUGCCCAGCACCUGCAAAUAGCGGGUGUACGUGUGACGAGGGACCACCGGGGAGUAGUGAACGUGUCAUCAACUGCAGAGACGCUGGUCUGUCUAGCAUACCUGUCUUCAGUCCAUCAGAGGAGGUUUUCUUGGAGGUGACUUUCAGCAACACCCAGUCCCCAUCCCCGUCCUGUUCAAGAUGCAACAAAAUUACAGCAGUGCCUGCAAAUGCAUUUCAAGGACUCAAAUUCAAAGUUCUUGAUCUUAGUAAGAAUUCGGUAUCCAGUUUUGAUAAUAAUGCUUUUGCGGGACUGGAGGACUAUUUAGAGGAACUCGUAAUUCAGGGUAGUUCUUCGCCUGUGCCAUAUACCGCAAUAUCGAGAUUAAGGAAACUGAAGAAACUCUCACUCAGCCACUUUUCACAAAGUAUAAUUGGCAGGGACAACACUGACCUUCAAAGUUUGGUAAAUCUGGAAACCUUAGAAUUCAAGAACAUGGACACCGAAUUUAUUCAGAGUGAUGCCUUCAAGGACCGGGUCCCUAUGCUGAAGAAAUUGGUCCUUGAGACUCUUAAGAUAAGGACAUUCCCUGUCGCCGGAAUAGCAGAAUUGACUUCACUGGAACAUUUGUCUGCAGUUUAUCUGCAAAUCAAAGAAAUACCUUACCAGGCUUUUGCCUCUCUUCAUAAUCUCCAGGAACUGGUCUUAUCUCACAACGGUCUUACUACCCUCCGGUCAGGCUGUUUCGAUGGAAUUCAAGACUCCCUUAGAUAUCUUGGACUUCACAUUAAUAAUUUAGAUGAGAGCAGUGUAGGAGCCAUCGCCUCCGAAAGGUGGGACAAAUUAGAACAACUUAACCUUGGACAUAACAACAUCAAAGUCAUUCCAAGUGGUUUAUUCUACAACAUGCGUAGUUUGGUGUAUCUGAACAUCGAUUCAAAUUGGCUACCAAAAAUUGGAUCUGAAGACUUUCAAGGCCUCGACUCUUUACAGUUUUUAGAUGCAUCCUAUAAUAAUCUAGUAGAAAUAGAGGAUGGUGCUUUUCUGAAGACACCCAGAUUGCAAGAGUUAGAUCUCCGAGGGGAAAACACGAAUAUUCCACAAAAAAAUGCAAGUUUUCAACUGAAUGCAAAAAGUGUACAAGGAUUGGAUAAUUUAGAAAGGCUCAUUCUAGCCGAUACUUUGCUUGACGAGACAACUUUAUGGAGUGCAUUGAAGCGUCUAACCAACCUCCAAGUUCUUAAGCUAGGGGGGACAGGAAUCAAGGAGAUUCCUGACUUCCAGUUUGAAAAUAAUAAACAUUUGAAAUAUCUUAUGCUCGAAAACAACAAACUUACUAAACUUACCGAAAAACAAAUGUAUGGUUUAACAGAAAACUUGGUGAGUUUAAGCAUUGGAAACAAUCAAAUUCGUGAGUUAGAUGAAUGUGCACUAAACAAAUUUACAAAAUUGGAAAUGCUCUACAUCAAUAACCUUCCUCUACACUGCGACUGCAAAAUUCUAUGGCUUUAUGACUGGUUGAAUGAACUGAGAAUAAAAAACGACAUCAAAUACUUUUUGAUCAGAGCGAUUUGCAGUACUCCUACUCCUUUAGCUGAGAGGAAUUUAGUGACUGUUAACAGGACUAGUCUGGUGUGUGAAAGUAGUUACACACCGAAAAGGUGCAACAAUUUUACUCCUCCUCCAUCGAUCUCCACGACGGUGUCCCCCUCCGUCCAACCUGUCACUAAAAAAUCGGCAACAAACAAUGUGUUCAGCUUCGAAAGAAUAACCGAAUCCAGUUCUACCGUCAAGUUUGAGUGGAAAGUUUCCGAUCCAGAAAAGAUAGACAAAUACUUUCUAGAGUACCAACUUCUGAGGACUUUUCAGUGGAAUAAAGUGGAUGUUCCAAGGACUGCUUUAAGUUUUGAAAAGGAAAAUUUGCAGAAGAAUUCUAACUAUCUGUUCUGUUUAACCGUUGUCCUGAAAACCAAAGAGAGCAUAAGGCCAUGUAUUGUUGUAAAUACUCUGCCAUAGAUAUGUAUAUAGAACCAAUGAUAAAAACACAGUGUUCAAGGAAAUCCAUUUACAUUCCUGUUGUUAAAUUUUUACUGUAUUGUUAUUUGUUAAUUUAUUUAUUUAUUUUACAUAUGAAGCUUUUUUUUUUAAAAAAAAAAAAAAUAAUUUAUUAUACUCAAAUUUAUGUAUUUAUGAAUAUUUAUAUACUAUGCAUUAGAAUGUCUAGUCGAUAAUAGGCUAAAGCUAGAAGACGAGAUUAAGUUCUAAUCGCUUUUGUAUUAAUGCUAAACAAUUAAAGAAUCUCUAGUCUAUUUUACUAGAUUAUAGGUUAUAUUUUAUUAUAUAAGAUCUCUUUUGAUCGUUUCAAUUUAUAUUUAUUCUUUUUUGUACAUUUAAAUACAACAAUAAAAAUAAAAACUGA